AAAUCAUACAAAUACUCUAAAACAAAAUAGCUGUCGAUCAUAAAACAAGAUAAAGAAAGUUCCUUUGUAUAAAACAGUGUUGAAAAAGUUACAUUUUUGCCAUUGCCAAGAUCAUCCCCAAUACUAAAUAAUUGUUGCAAAUUCCCGGAUCUCUCCUUUUCGAAAAAUCAAAUUACAACCUUCGAUCACCGGCAUCAAUUUCCGAUCAAUUUUCCGGUUACAGAGCGAACGAAUUCCAGAAUUAGUCAUCAAAGAAGAAAUUCGGAAAAAUGAGUCAGGUUUUUGAAGGGUACGAGCGUCAAUAUUGUGAAACUUCAGCGAAUUUGACUCGGAAAUGUUCUGCUGCUGCUGCUCUCAAUGGAGAACAGAAGAAACAGAAAGUCUCUGAAAUUAAAAGUGGGUUGGAGGAAGCAGAAGCACUGAUCCGGAAAAUGGACCUGGAGGCAAGAGCAUUGCAGCCGAAUGUGAAAGCUAUGGUACUAACCAAGCUUAGAGAGUAUAAAAAUGACCUAAGCAACCUGAAAUCUGAGAUCAAAAGACUCUCUUCUACAGACAGUCAAGCUGCCCGAGAUGCGUUACUGGAAUCUGGCAUGGCUGAUGCGCUGAUGGCUUCUGCUGAUCAAAGAGGGCGGCUAUUGAUUUCAACAGAGAGAUUGAAUCAGUCCACUGAUAGAGUCAGGCAGAGCAGAAUGACCAUGCAGGAAACUGAAGCUAUUGGGGUUUCUAUACUUGAAGAUUUGCAUUCACAACGCCAGUCACUUUUGCAUGCUCAUAAUACACUUCAUGGCGUUGACGAGAAUGUUGGCAGAAGCAAGAAAAUUCUGACUGCAAUGUCAAGGAGAAUGAACCGGAACAAAUGGAUUAUUGGUACUAUCAUCGCAGUACUGGUCCUUGUGGUUGUGUUGAUCAUCUACUUCAAGUUGAUCCAUUAGUUUGUCAACUAUGUCUUCAAAGAUAUAUAGUUUUUGGCAACUCGCCUUGUUGGCAGUCUGAUGUCCAUGAUCUUCAGUGUGAUUAAUCAUUGUAUCGUUUUGCUGUUGCUAAGUUUCUUUGUUCGUCGAUUCAUAUUAUGUUAUGCCACUUCACAUUCUUUUGGCCAAGUUUAAUAUAGCCUGGUGUGUCAAUGUUUGCCCUUAAGUCCCAUCUUUGUCAAUCAUCAGCUAUUGUGUAAAGGUUUGCACUUGAAAUUUUUGUUUUGGAGUUCACAAAUACUUCAAGUACUUCUACUUUGUUUUA